UGAGUGGUUUUAUAGAACAGGCUAGUCCCUAGGUAUCUAAGCACAAAUUGGCAAUCAAGAAGUGGGAAUUUCAUUGGAUUUCGUCUUUGACCGAUGCCGUGGUUCAAAGACAGAAUCCCACAAACACCAACCGAAUAAAAUUCAAAAUUUAUCACUUUUGUCUCGCAAUUCCAACCCUCCCCUGCUGUUGCCUUCCUCUCCUCGCGCCAUUGUUUAUCUUUUGCUUCCCCUUCCCCUUGUCUUCUUCUUUCUUUUGCCAGACAUUUUGUCAAAAUCUUUACGGGCAUCGUGUUUUAUUUCUUCCGAUUCUGACCCUCUGAAGAAGAAGAAGUCAAGAAGCAGAAGAAGAAGAAGAAAAAGAAGGUGGGCUUGUUCUUCUGCAGAUCUUUUCCCCCAAUUUGAUGAGAUUCUAGUGUUGGUGGGUGGGUCAUGGAUGGAGCGGAAAUGGAGCUUGAGCGACGGAGCAAGUUUCUGAGUGGACUUAUUUUGAAGAAGAAAGCGGGGGAGCAGCAAGAGCAGCGCGAUCGUCUCAAUGUUCGCGUCAGAGCCUCCGAUAUGCCGUUUCCUCUGCAGAAUCGCGCUUUUAGUUGUGCUCGUGAACUGCUUGAUUCGAUGCCUGGGAAACUCGAUAGCAAACGUCUUGCUCUUGCACUUAAAAAGGAAUUUGAUUCCUCCUAUGGUCCGGCUUGGCAUUGCAUCGUGGGAACUAGCUUUGGGUCCUAUGUAACACAUUCUCUGGGUGGGUUCUUGUAUUUUUCAAUAGAUAAAGUUUACAUCCUUCUCUUCAAAACGGCAGUGGAGCCUCUAUCUCGUGGAACAUCGUUGAAAGAUUGAGUACUAUUCUAAACGAGGAUCGAACAGCAUCAGAUUUAAGUCAUGAGCAAGAACAAACCAGGUUCAGCCAUACUAUUCUUUUUGGUUGUAUCAUUGACUUACCUUGUUAAAGUGAUGUGAGUUGUGUAUUAAUUUUACUGGUUGAUUAUGAAAUUUUUGUUGUGUGCAGUCCAACAGCAAGGAUUUGUUGUGAUGUUAUAAGAUUUUCUAUUCAUGCUUUAUUUUGGUUUUCGGGAGUAAAUAAAAAGUUGAACCGUAAUGUGUCGA